ACGCUGCCCGGGCCAGUGAUGUGUUUACCGCCGUGCAGGGAGGAGGCGCCCACACCCGCUCCCCGGCAGCCCGCUACUGAACCCCCGCCACCGCCGCCCCUGCCGCCCCUGCCUCGAGUGUGCGUGUCCCGGGGGCGGCGCUGCAGGGACCGGCGGCGCGGGCAGGGCGUGCAGGCGGCGGGGCCCAGGGGGUGAGCGUGUGCGGCAGGGGCACGUCAGCUGUGUGGCCCCCGCCCUGCCGCCCCGACCCUGCCCCUGGAGGACCCGGCCUGGCGGGGCGUGCCGGGCGCUGACAGGGGAGGCACGCGACCCUGACCACCCCCACCCUCUCCCCUUCCUCCCCCUCCACGCCCCUGCCGCCCUGCCCUGCCACACGCCUGCAGGGCCGCGGCGGGGCACGUGAGCUGACCCUGCCGCCGGGAGUGCCAGGGGAGUGCCAGGGAGCCAGUGCCAGCCAGCAUGGGCGUCAGGAAGUACGUCAGGACAUGUGGCGGGGAGUGACAUGUACCCUGGGACUGUCUGGGGAAGUGUCAACCAGUCUGCCAGUCACUUACCCAGCCAGUCAGGAAGUGUGUCAGAGCUUACAACAGGGUGUGAAAUGAAGCCCGUAAUUCACACUCACACUACUAUCCUAAGGUGACUGUUUCGGGAAGUGUCAGUCAGUCAGUCAAACAGUCAGCCAGUCAAUAUGAAUGUCAGGACUUGCAAAAGGGUGUGAAAUGAGCCCUGUAACCCACACCCUUACUCACACGCUCUUGAGGUGACUGUCAGUGCACCAGUCAACCAGUUACUCAGUCAAUAUGCAUGUCAGAAAAUGUGGAAGGACAGUCGACUGGGUGUGAGAUGAAACCUAACUCACACACACACUAUCUUGAGGUGACUGGGGAAGCAUCAACCAGUCAGUCAGUCAACCAGUCAGUCAGCCAGUCAAUCAGUUAGUCAAUAUGCUUGUCGGAAAACAUGACAGUCGACAGGGUGUGAAAUGAACCUUGUAACUCAUAAUCAGACUGCCUUGAGGUGACUGUCAGUGCACCAGUCAUCCAGUCAUCAUGCAGGCCAAGAAACGCUACCUCCUCCUCUUCAGCUGCUGCGCCUUCCUCUUCUUCGGCUACUUCGGCUACCACCACUUCAAGGCGCGGCGGCAGAGUAGAUGGCAGCACCACCUCUCCAGCUACUCCGACGCCUCCGAUCUACUCCAGGACGAGGACAUUUCCCCCAGCCCAAGGUUCAGGCGGACCAGCGACGGGGGGCUUGGGGUCAGUGCUGGGGACUACAGGGACUGCCGUAUGGAGACCUGCUUCGAUUUCACCCUAUGCGAAAAGGGGUUUAGGGUAUAUGUGUAUCCGAUAGACGAUAAUGCGCCGCCCAGUGCGAGCUAUGCGAAGGUGCUGAACGCUAUACGGGACUCCGGUUACUACACGUCCGACCCCAGCCAGGCGUGUGUGUUCGUGCUAAGCCUGGACACGCUAGACCGAGACACCCUAAGCAAGGAGUACGUGCGGAACAUGCCAUAUAGGGUGCAGCGUCUCGCCCUCUGGAACAACGGGCAAAACCACAUAGUCUUUAACCUCUACUCCGGCACGUUUCCGGACUAUCUCGAGGACUUGGGGUUCGAUCUCGGGAAAGCUAUCCUCGCCAAAUCGAGUAUAUCCAUCGAGAACUUCCGGCAGGGGUUCGAUAUCUCCCUGCCGCUGUUCCACAAGAGCCACCCGGAGAAAGGAGGCGAUGAGGGGUUCUUGGAGUCAAAUAAGUUCCCCGGUAAUAAGAAAUACCUGCUCUCGUUCAAGGGGAAGAGGUAUGUGUAUGGCAUUGGCAGUGAGACGCGGAACAGCCUCUACCACCUGCACAAUGAAAGGGAUAUCGUCCUCCUCACCACCUGCAAGCACGGCGAGAGCUGGAAGGGCUACAAGGACGAGCGCUGCGACCAUGACAACGUGGAGUAUGACAGGUA